AUGGAUACUCACGACCCUGCCAAACAGCCCACCGUCUUUACACGGCACUUGAGUCGACGUCUUUCCGUACAGAACUGUAGUCUGGGUAAAACUUGGAAUAACAAGAUCGAUGCUCUAGAGAAAGAGCAAUCAAAACAAGAGAAUAAAAUGGACGGAGAAAUCAUGAAGAUGUUAAAGUACAGAAACUCUUUGACUGAUACGACGGGCUUAUUGAAACACAACGAGCAAUUGCUUCAGCCUUCAAUCGAUAACAACAGACGUAAAGCAAGUUUUUCAAAUGUUCGUGAACAUGUCAUGGAGAUGAAAAAAGAGGGGAACUCGGUCGAGGACAAAAAACUUCGUUCACUAACUCCCUUAAAUAGUACUAUUUCAAAGGAAACCACAAACCCGGAAAAUAAGAUUUCUGGAAGAAAAUCUAGUGUAUCAUUGAACAAUACUCUUUCGAAAGAAACUACAAGCUCUGGAAGUAAAAAGAUCUCUCGAAGAAAAUCAAGUAUAUCAUUGUUGGAACUUCAAAAGUUUCUUUCUGCGCACUCGCCAGGAAAUAUCAAACCUUCUGAAACACUCGCAGAAAAUCCUUGUCAAGAAACUAAAGAGAAAAGCAACUAUCUUAGCAUGGGAGAUGGAGAAGAACUGCCCAUAAGACUACCGCCCUUGACGCUCGUACAUUUUCCGAAACUCUACACACAAACAUCGAAGAAGCCUGAGGCAAGAAGUUUCGAGAAAGAUGAAGAGUUUGUACGCAAAGCUACAGGCAAAGACAUCGAUUAUAGGGAUGUUAAGUACUGUAGGUAUCUGAGGGUACCGCCACACAGGUGUCGCAAUCAAACCAUUUGAACAGCGAUGGAAGCACCAAGUAUGUUAACUAAUAUUGGUCCUGGAGUGUUGGGUUAGGAAAGGGUAAGUYAGGAUKACAGGCAUUUUCAUGACUGCAGGACUUACACAGAACAABAUGUCUGGGUUUCUGGCUUCCGCCAAUCAAAAAAUACUACUCAGACAAUUGGGAUGGUGCUGGUGGUUCUCAAUACUUACUCAGACAAAUGGGAUGGAGGGAGGCCAAAAGCCCGUGGUCCUCAAUGGCGACGCAAUCCGAUGCGACAAACGCAACUAUGUUCUCACUAUGAGAAAAGAAGCAACACAAGCUCAAGAGGAGAGAAGAUUUCGUUUC